AUGGCUUGGUGGCAUGAUCUACCUAAUGAGCUUAAGAACCAAAUUUGGGGCCAUCUCCUCAAAUGCGGCCGGGAAGAGAACCAUCCAUUGGCCUCUUACGCUUCCAUCUCUUCCGAAUGGCAGAAAAUCAUCGAACCCUUCGUCUUUGAAGAGAUAUACAUCUCACUUCAUUCCCAAAAGUCCACCGCUAGCCGACGAACAGUUCUCCGGGCCCGCAACAUCCUAACCAAGACUCGCCAGAAAGUCCUCAAACGACUCCGUGUUCGUAUCGACUAUGAUGCCACCAACACGUCCAAAAGCUACAGGAGGGCGUUUGCGGAGGUUGUAGUCUCCUUGUUCGACUUGUUGCAGACCUGGAGGACGGAAGAUGCCAAGAUCGGCCUGGAAAUCGUCGAAGUCCGGCCCUGCGGUCCCCCGCUGCUCAAGUACGGACUAGAGCUCUUGCGGCAGCGAAAGUGGUCAAUCGGUUGCGUGCGGUCGCUCCGCAUCGUGAAACCACAAUCUUACAUUUCCCGCAGUACUGGGCCCGAGCUUGCCGACCUUAUUUUGACUGGACUUGCGCCUGGUCUGGACACAUUGGACUACAACUACGAAAUCGGUUGCCGACCUGGAUAUAAGCACAAGCUUUGCCUAGUCACGGACUGGCAGAUUGCGCCGGUCGAACUGAAGUCGCUCACUAUCCGAGAAUCCUGCGACCAGAGCAACUUGAACACGCAACAUGAUUGGAUCGAAUACAUUCGCACGCAUCAGGGCAUCCCCGAGCAACUGUAUCGUCAGAGCCGCGGGCUGGAGAACCUAUGUGUCUCGUUUGCCAUCGACGCUACUGACUUCUUUUCGCACAUGAUGGACCAGCCCAAGAACGAAGUCCCUUCCCUUCAGGACAGCGUCGCUGGCCCUGAUUGGCCUGAACUACAGGUCAUCAGUCUGACGUCUCAUUCUAUUUGGGACAAGGCACCCGAAAUGACAAACAAGCUCCUGUUGUCAGCCGCGAGAGCUGCCCGACGGAUGCCAAAGUUAAGAGUGAUGGAGCUCUGGAACGCGCGGGAGCAAUAUAUUAUUUCGGCAGGCUGUUUCCGUUACUCCAUUGAGAAAGGUGAUACCCCAACUUUCACAUGGGAGAGUACAUGGGACUUCGAGAUUGAAGAAGCGACAAAAGCGGCGUGGAUAGAUGCCGCCAAGUCACAUUCUCCUGUUGGUCUGAUUUUCGAAGUCCGAAAGGUUGCUGCUAAGCUACCGUGGCCCUUCUCACCUGCCCGGGCUCAUGCGGAUGCGUUUUCCUACCGCAAUGCCUCUCAGUCUCUGGCUGGGUCAAGCACAGAAAACAGCUUGGGUCUGCACGUGGCUGAUCUAGGGUUAAAUUGA